CUUUUUUAGCCGAAAGAAAUAUUUUUAUUUUUAUUUUCUUGCACUUAUUAUUUGUGGUGGCAUUACAAGGAAAGUGACAGUUACCGCUGAGGAAGGAAACCAGCGUUUAGAGUCAGAUGAUCAAAAACAGUGUUUAAGUAUGGUACAGUAUCUGUCAAAUGAAUAAAAACUGGAAAAGGAUACAGUUUUCUGAAGGGGAACUCGAGCUGCACGUGGCUGAUUAACCAGUAUAUUAGACCUGGAUGAGGAGGGCUCUGGACUACCAAAAUCUCCUCAAAAAAAAAAAAAAAAAUCUGUUCAAACAAUGGAUUACUUCACCAUUGUUCUAGGAUUGUUAUUUGCCUUAACUCUGCAUCAGGGUCUGAGUUUUCUGUCAAGGAGAAGACAAAAGCUUCCUCCAGGGCCAACCCCAUUGCCCCUUAUCGGUAGUCUUCACUUGUUAGGUGACAAACCUCACCAAUCUUUAGCCAAAUUAGCCAAAAAACAUGGCCCUCUCAUGAGCCUGAAGUUCGGGCAGGUAACGACUGUUGUCGUUUCCUCGUCCGCGAUGGCGAAAGAAGUCCUUCAAAAACAGGAUUUAGCAUUCUCCAGCAGGUCCAUCCCUGAUGCACUCCAUGCUCACAAUCAAUUCCAGUAUUCGGUUGUUUGGCUGCCGGUUGCCAGUCGGUGGAGGAGUCUCCGGAAAACCCUGAAUUCGAAUAUCUUUUCGGGUAACAGGCUUGAUGCCAACCAGCAUUUAAGGUGUAGGAAGGUCCAGGAGCUGGUGGCUUACUGUCGGAAAAAUUCCCAAACGGGUGGGGCUGUAGAUGUUGGCAGAGCAGCUUUCAGGACUUCCCUGAAUUUGCUUUCGAACACCAUUUUCUCAAAGGAUUUGACUGACCCUUAUUCUGAUUCUGCAAAAGAAUUUAAGGAUUUGGUUUGGAACAUUAUGUUGGAGGCUGGCAAACCAAACCUGGUUGAUUUCUACCCUGCUCUUGAAAAAAUUGAUCCUCAGGGGAUUAGGCGUCGCAUGACGAUUCAUUUCGGUAAGGUGCUUCAGAUGUUUGGCGACCUGAUUAAUGAAAGAUUGCAGAACGGGAAAUCCAGACACGUCGACAAUGAUGUUCUGGAUAUCCUCCUCACUACAAGCAAAGAAGCUCCUGAUGAGAUCGAUAGGACUCAUAUUGAACGCUUGUGCUUGGUUUGUGUCUUUGUACUCAUUUUAUAUCUUUUUUUUCCCCAGUGUCAACAUAUUCUGUUAGCGAUUUAUUUACCGACAUUUUUCAUGUUACAGGACCUGUUUGUAGCAGGAACAGACACGACUUCUAAUACAUUGGAGUGGGCAAUGGCAGAGGUACUUAAGAAUCCAGAGAAAAUGAAGAAAGCCAAAGCUGAACUUUCAGAAAUAAUCGGAAAAGGGAAGCUAAUUGAAGAAGCCGAUGUUUCUCGGUUGCCUUACUUGCGAUGCAUAGUGAAGGAGACCUUAAGGCUGCACCCUCCUGUUCCUUUCCUGAUCCCACGAAAAGUAGAUCAAGAUGUUGAGGUUUGUGGCUACAAUGUGCCCAAAGGAACUCAAGUUCUAGUGAACGUAUGGGCCAUUGGGCGUGACGAUACUAUUUGGGACAACGCCCUGGAAUUCAAGCCUGAGAGGUUCAUGGAAUCAGAACUUGACAUCAGGGGAAGAGAUUUCGAGCUGCUUCCGUUUGGUGCUGGGAGAAGAAUCUGCCCUGGAUUGCCGUUAGCGGUGAGGAUGGUUCCUGUAAUGCUUGGUUCACUGCUGAAUUCGUUUGACUGGAAGCUUGAAGGCGGCAUGGCGCCAAAAGACUUGGACAUGGAAGAGAAGUUUGGCAUUACGAUCCAGAAAGCAAACCCGUUACUAGCUGUUCCAGUUUGUCUUUGAGAUUUAUGGUAGCCUUGCAAGCGCUUGAAAUAAGAAAUUUAUAAACAUCUUUACCCGGUUGGCCCUCAUUGAGAUUAUAAUAUGAAAUCAAAACUUGUUCAAUGUGUGGAAAUUCCCUUUUACUUACAUUUCAAUGAAUAGUAAUCACUGAAUAUAUAGAUGUCAAAUUGUCAACAAUUGUGUGCGACUGUGAACGAAUGCAAUGAGGUAAAACUUUUUACUUUAUAGUAAAAAAUGUGAGCUUUCUGGUAAUGUUUCCUCCAAUUACAUGUAAUGUUCAAAGUGCGUAAUCUUAACUACUACGCAAGUUUUUUUGAAGUCAAAGUUGAUGACCAUUUCCAAAGCUGAAAAAAACAAGCUAUAAAUAAGCGUAUAAGUGAGAAAACAUCAGGCACAAAUUGGGAAG